AUGAUACUUGGCUAUUGGAACAUUUGUGGUUUGAUUGAACCGAGUCGUAUGAUAUUACGUUAUACAAAAACGCCCUUUAUAAAUCAAACGUAUGCAUUUCAAGAUGGUCCAAAUUAUGCAACACAUAUUUUGCGAAUAAAUCCAUUUCCAAAUUUGCCGUAUUUAAUUGACGGUGAUAUAAAAUUAACACAAAGCAAAGUCAUUUUACGCCAUUUAGGACGAAAAUUUAAUAUGAUGGGUAAAACGGAAAAAGAGAUAGUAAUCUGUGAAUUAUUAAUUGAUCAGUUAUUUGAUUUACGUACAGAAUUUAAUAAAGUUGCAUACGGUCCAGUUGAAGGUUUUGAAGAAGCCAAACAAAUAUUUAUCAAUGGACCAUUAACAGACUUAGAAAAAUUAGAUCAGAAAAAUUUUUAG